AUGUUUAUCUCAGUCUGCUGCGCGGGAAAUGACUAUGAGAUUUUACUAGGUUUGUUCCUCAGAUUUGUUUCAACAUGGAUUGGUCAGAGUGAGGAAUUAAUUCAUGAACUUUUCGACCAUGCUUUAGCUUAUAAUGUUGCUUUGAUUAUAUUUGUCAACGAAAUUGAUAAGUUAUGUCGGACUAGACAGAUUAUUGAAGAUGAUAAUGUUGGACGUGUCUCUUCUUAA